GCUGAGUUGGCACUGACUGCCCCAAUCAACAUCAAAAACCUUUCAGAAAUUGUGCCUGCAGUCCAAACUUAAUUCACGAGGAAGUAAAUGGCGUUCACCAAUAUUGUGAAGCGCUCGGUGGGCGCCGGAGUGCACAUUUUCAAGGCACAGUCGGCAGCGGCAGCUGGCACCAGCGUUCUGAGCACCCAUCAGCAGAAGCGUGGUGCUGCAAAAUGGUAUCCCGAUCCCGAAUUCAUGAAGCAGUUCAGCGGCGCUGUAAUGUAUCCCGAUGAAGUCACUUCUUUGUGGAAAGUGCCACCAUGGAACAGCAAAGUCGUGCCCGUGGAGAAAUCGGUUCGCAAUCUGACGCUCAACUUUGGACCGCAACAUCCCGCCGCUCACGGCGUGCUUCGCCUGGUGUUGGAACUGGACGGCGAGACGGUGAUGCGCGCCGAUCCGCACAUCGGCUUGCUGCAUCGCGGUACUGAGAAGCUCAUCGAGUACAAGACCUAUACGCAGGCGUUGCCCUAUUUUGAUCGCCUCGACUAUGUGUCCAUGAUGUGCAAUGAGCAGUGCUACUCCCUGGCUGUGGAGAAGCUGCUAAACAUCGAUGUGCCACUGCGCGCUAAGUACAUAAGAACACUUUUUGCGGAGAUCACGCGCAUUCUUAACCACAUCAUGGCUGUGGGCACCCAUGCGCUCGAUAUUGGCGCACUCACGCCCUUCUUCUGGCUGUUCGAGGAGCGCGAGAAGAUGAUGGAGUUCUACGAGCGCGUGUCUGGCGCACGUAUGCAUGCCGCCUAUAUUAGACCCGGCGGUGUGUCGUUGGAUAUGCCGAUAGGCCUGAUGGACGACAUAUAUGAGUUUUCGUCCAAGUUUGCUGAGCGUCUGGACGAGGUGGAGGAUGUGCUGACCACAAAUCGCAUCUGGGUGCAGCGUACAGAGGAUAUCGGCAUUGUUACUGCCGAGGAGGCAUUGAAUUAUGGCUUCAGCGGUGUCAUGCUACGCGGCUCUGGUAUCAAAUGGGAUUUGCGCAAGCAACAGCCCUACGAUGCCUACGACCGAGUUGAGUUUGAUGUGCCUAUCGGCACCAAGGGCGAUUGCUACGACCGAUAUUUGUGCCGUGUGGAGGAGAUGCGUCAAUCGCUGCGCAUUAUUGAUCAAUGCUUGAACCAAAUGCCCGCCGGUGACAUUAAAACCGAUGACAACAAGGUGUCGACGCCAUCCCGCGCCGAGAUGAAGACAUCGAUGGAGGCGCUCAUUCAUCACUUCAAGUUGUUCACCCAGGGCUUCCAAGUGCCGCCGGGUGCUACCUACACGGCCAUUGAGGCGCCCAAGGGUGAAUUUGGCGUCUAUUUGGUGUCGGACGGUUCCAGUCGUCCCUACCGCUGCAAGAUUAAAGCGCCUGGCUUUGCGCACUUGGCUGCUCUCGAGAAAAUUGGCAAACAGCACAUGUUGGCCGAUGUGGUCGCCAUUAUUGGUACUCUGGAUGUUGUUUUCGGCGAGAUCGAUCGAUAGGCGGACCCCUAAUAUAUAUAUAUACAUAUAUAAGCGAAUCCCUUCUGGCAUCAAAUGUAUGACGUUUCUAAAGUUGUUAAUGCGAAAAGGCUAUUAAAGAAACAUAAUUACCUUCAUUGAA